CACCCACUCUGGAGCUGGGCUACCUAUAAAUUUACGAUGCGUCUCUCGACCCACCUUCCCGACCUUCAGUUGCAGUUCGGCGCCAUCCUUCCUGUCAGCAGAACCUCAUCUGACACUCCUCCCGAGUUGCAAUCUUACUCCAUCGGAUCAUGAUACUGAAGCUGCAUCAGUACCGCCUCGACCAGCUCCGCAAACUGUUGUAAUUCUUCACAAGUUGCACAAAAAUGACGACAAAAACGUAAAAAUAGUAAUAACCACAGAAAGAAAAGACGACAAAUUGAUAAUAGACAAAAAUAAAAAUGAUGAUUCAUUUUCGAAAAAUGAAACUAAUGACAAAGUUGUACAUAUUCAUAAUAAUAAUAAUAUUCAUGUUGAAAUAGGAACGGUUAAAGUAAGUAAAGAAAAACAGGAUGAUAAAAUUAUAUCAAAUGAAAUGGAUAACGAUUGCAAAAAUAAAAUUACUGCUGAAGCUGUCAAUAAUAAUGAUAAUACUGCACAUUCUGAAAUGGAGAAGGAAAUAAGUCUCGAAAAUAAAAACGACGGAGAUUUUGUAGAAUCAGAGGCAAAAGAAACAGUACAAAAAGAUGACUAUAAAAUAAUAUCCGGUAAAAAUGAUGAUGACCUGAGUUUAAAAGAUGAAAUUAUCGAUGCAAAGGAAGUUCAUGACGAAGAAGAUGUAGAAAAAGAUUUAAGUACAUUGCAUAAAAUUGAUGACACUAAACUAGAUUUGAUUAAAGUGAUAAAAGAAACAACAAAGGAAAAAUUGGCUACACAUGAAAAUGAAGAAUUGACUAAUGAUAAGUUAAAUAAUGUUAAUGAAAGUGUUAACGAAAUACCCGUUGAUGUAGACAAAAAAGUAAUGACAGAAGAUAAAGAAGCAGCAGGUGAUUCUAUAACAGAUAACACUGUUUCAGAAGAAAACAAGCAGCAGAAAAUUCUAUAACAGACAAUACUAUUGCAGAAGAAAAAGAAGCAGCUGAGAAUUCUAUAAAAGUUAGCACUAUUGCACAAGAACAAGAAGCAGCAGCGAACUCUAUUAAAAAUAACACUAUUGUAAAAGAAGAAGAAGCAGCAGAUAAUUUAAUAAAAGAUAACACUGUUGCAGAAGAAAAAAAAGAACAACUGAAUAAAAAUGGGAAAAAUUAAUGAAACAGGGACAUUUGAAAUGCCUAACUUUAAUGAUUAUUUUUAAAAUGUUUUCAUUCAAGUAUUGAAAAUUAAAAACAGAGUAAAAAAUAAAUAAAAACGUAAAUAAUGUAAUAAACGUUGCAAAAAAAUAAUACAUAAGUAAUUUAUAAUAGACGCAGUUUGUUUGUUUGUUUGCUUGAAUGCGCUAAUCUCAGGAACUACUGGUUCGAUUUGAAAAAUUCUUUCAGUGUUAGAUAGCCCAUUUAUCGAUGGAGACUAUUAUUAUCCCCAUAUUCCUUCGGGAACGGGGACCACGCGAGUGAAACCGCGCGGCGCCAGCUAGUAUUAAGAUAAUUAGUAAUUAAAUUAAAUUAUUUAUUUAAGUUUUCUUCAAAAGAGGAAUGUCCACCGGCCAAUAUAACUUCGGCCCCGGAAACGCAGGUGUAAAAGUAUAUGCAGAUGAUAAUAUGAUGUGUAAUUAAGAAUCUGAUUAAAUUGGCUUAAUAAAAGUAUAUUUGUAGGUCAGGGCCGGUGAUGGGCAUUCCCUUUUUAUUUAAUAAAAAAGUUUUUAACCGACUUCAAAAAGACAUGCUGUUUUUUUAUCUAUUCCUUACGUAUCACCGGUUCCACCUGCUACAGGGAUUUCGAAAUAGCGGCAAAACGUAUUUGUCA